AUGGCCUCACGCUGUUCAGGCUCAACUCUUCUCCAGUUUACAGAGAAGAGAAACGGAUUAAUCCAGUCUGUGAUCCAGACCUCAGGCAGACCUCACAGGGACCUCACAGAGGCCUCACAGGGACCUCACAGGGACCUCACAGAGACCUCACAGGGACCUCAUAGGGACUUCACAGGGACCUCACAGGGACCUCACAGGGACCUCACAGAGACCUCACAGGGACCUCACAGGGACCUCACAGAGACCUCACAGGGACCUCACAGGGACCUCACAGAGACCUCACAGGGACCUCACAGAGACCUCACAGGGACCUCACAGGGACCUAUAGGGACUUCACAGGGACCUCACAGAGACCUUGAUCCGCCUGGCAGACCUCACAAAGACCUCACAGAGACCUGGAUCCGCCUGGCAGACCUCACAGGGACCUCACAGAGACCUUGA